CUCACUCUCUCAGUAGAGGAGUGAAGUCAUCUGGCCUCAUCUGCUCCUUUUAAGCCGGCAUUUUUGAGAGGGAGGUCCCUUGCCAAGCAUAUACAAACACUCAGUCAAGCAUCCACACUCACGCCUUCACCAGCGGAGAACUCACCUAUUGCUUCACACAGAACAGGGAAGUUGACGUGACCUGACAUCAAGAUGGCAACAAAGGGUGCCGGCAUGGCUAACAAAGGUCCAUCCUACGGCCUGAGUCGGCAGGUCCAGGACAAGAUCGACAGCAAGUACGACCCAGAGCUGGAGCAGAUCCUGGUGGAGUGGAUCAGCCGUCAGUGUGGAUCUGGUGUGGGGAAGCCAGAGCCCGGCAAACAGGGCUUCCAGGCUUGGCUCAAGGACGGAUGUGUCUUGAGCGAGCUCAUUAACAGUCUGUUUGCCGGCGAGAAGCCUGUGAAGAAGAUUCAGAGCUCGCCCAUGGCCUUCAAGCAGAUGGAACAGAUCUCCCAGUUUCUCAACGCUGCCGAGAAAUACGGCGUCACGAAGACCGACAUGUUCCAGACUGUGGACCUUUGGGAAGGUAAGGACUUGGCAGCGGUGCAGAGGACCCUGUCAGCUUUGGGAAGCUUGGCCGUUACCAAGGAUGAAGGCACAUACAAGGGAGACCCCAACUGGUUCUUCAAGAAGGCACAGGAGAACAAGCGAGACUUCAGCGAUGAGCAGAUGAAGGCUGGCAAAAAUGUGAUUGGCUUACAGAUGGGCUCCAAUAAGGGAGCCAGUCAGGAGGGCAUGAGCUACGGAAGACCUCGACAGAUCCUGUAAAGUCACUGAGCCGCCAGUGGAAAGGGCGCUCACUGCAGAGCCACUGGCUUGGUCCAACUCCAUCUCCAGGUCCAGCCAUGCCACCAUCCUAACUCCAACUUCAGAGAGAUGGAGCUAAACCUGUUGUCUGCAGCGAGCAGCACUUGCAUCAGUACCCCAAACCUCUUUAGCCCCUCUUUUAACCAAAACCUCUGGUGCUUUUUACGAUCUCUUACACCCUUUGGUCCUCCUUAAACUUAAUAACUGUCACAGAGCCCUUAUUUACAUGCUCGCACUGGUGAUCAAUGCAGGGUUCAACUAUGCUUUGUCUUCGGACCAGUAACAACUGAAUGUUUGUAGUCUUAAGCUGCAAUUGUAGCCAUGAAAAAUGACCAAAAAGUGUCUUGUUAAACCAAACAAAAACCUUUCACAUACCAAAAGUUGAUCCGGUCUUUCCUUCGAUAAGGAACUCGUGUUGCAUCUGCCUCCCUGAAUUUUGAUGGGUUCUGACAGAAAUACGAAUUCGUUUACAUGCCGUAAAGCGUUCUUCUCAAAUUUACAAGCACAACCAUGUUGCACCAAUGCUCCUCAUUUUUACUGCUACCGUGUCAAGUACACGUCCCACAUCGCUGCGCCUGCUGUAUCAGCGCUCAUAUUUUUGUACAUUGACUUAUUAAAUAAUGACUUUGAAAUACAUCUCCGAAUUGACUUUGUGUUUCCAGCUCUUUAAGGGUUCCCUUGUUGGAAAAUGGGGUGGGAUCUCUCCUACUAAUAUUUCAAACAACCCACGCACCAACAUGCAUCCAUGCAUGUUUAUAUGACCCAGAUUAAGAAUACAUUGCAACGGGGAACACUUAUCACAUUUUUAUCUGUAGGCGUGUAAGCGUCGACAUAAAAGAAUUCAAAAAUGGGAAAGUCUUAUUUUACGGGAAAACAGUCGUCUUCUGGCAGUUCUGAGAUCUGACAUUCCCAUUGGUUAAUUUUUCUUUGUUUUUGCUUUACUUUGUAUCCAUGCUGUUGUUUGUGUUCAGUGCAAGUUAAUGUUGCAACUGUUACCAUAAUAGACUUUAAAAACCUCUGUAACCAUACCCAGGAUUGUUUCAGAUUACCUUGAAAUGUAGUCAGUUACUCAAUUCAAAUGACUUAUUCGAUUAAAAAAAUGUGUAAAACCA